ACUGUCUGAUCCUCCCUUGAAUGAAUAAUUCCGAUUCUGAAAGGCUGCUUCAGGGAAAGGAAGGAGGGGAUCUGGCAAAGGCGUGGAGGAGUGCUGGUGAAAGGAGGAAACGAAACUAACUGAGCCUGGAAGCCACAGAGUGAAACAGAGUCACCAAAGGAGAAGAGACCUGAUUUGGCACAGAGACUUGCCAGCACUGACUUCUAUCCCAAACUAUGGAAAAGCAAGCUCUUCUCAGUGACACUGGACCUCACGAUCACUAUGGAUCUAUGUCUCCCGAGUCUUUACCAGCAUCUGCAGCUGCAGCUUUCCCAGAGGCCUCACCAGAUGAAGAAUGGGCAUCAGCACCGCCGGCUGAUAUGCUGGAUGACGUGGUUGGGUAUGAAGGAAUCGCAGCAGGUGGCGAGGGAAGCUAUGUUCUCCCGCCUAUUUCUAUAGCAGAAGGAGCACCGAGGUAUGAGCCUUCUCCACAGAGAGCAUGGAGUAUUCCCACCGUCACUGAAGACAUGGCUAGAGAAGCAUUCAUUCAGUUUGCAUCCAGCAAGUGUUGCUACAGCACCAGACCUGCUAGAGAGAUGGUCUUUCGAGAUUUACGAGCAUAUAACACCUACAGAUAUCGCCUAGAAAGCUUCACUGAAUCCAGAUCAACUGAGUGGAAGAUGGUGCCUUAUAAAGGUCAGUUUGUUGAUAGCAAUGCCUAUGGAAUUGCUCCCCUCCCCUGGGAUAUAAUAGUGGAGAGGCCUCCAAUGUUUCAGGAUGAUAUCAGGAAAGUCCCAGUGCCACACACUUCAUCCGUCAAGGGGUGUAGCGCAUGCAUGGCAUUGGGCAAUAAAGCAUGUAUCAAAUGCACUGCCACGGGAAUGGUGAAAUGCUUUGGGUGUAAUGGUCGAGGAUACCAGCUUAGUGACGACACAUGCAUCCGCUGUAAUGGCACUGGGCUUCAGCGCUGUGGUAUGUGUUGUGGACAAGGUUCAAAACCUUGCCAAAAGUGCAAAGGAAGAGGACAACUAAUGGUGUUCAUCCAGCUGACGGUCAAGUGGCAAAAUAACAUUGCUGAAGGAAUUGCUGAUCGACAAAGUGGACUUCCCCUAGAAAUUUAUAGCAAAAUUACUGGCCAGAACAUCUACACUGACCAACAACCCAGGGUCUAUCCUAUAGUUGCAUUUCCAGACCAUCAGGUCAACCAGGCCUCCCAGAAGGCCAUCCGAGAACAUGAGGCCCAGUUGGUGAGAACCUCCCACAUAAUCCAACAACGUCAGACGGUUGAGUUCAUUCCCGUCACUCAAGUGCAGUACAAGUGGAAGGAAGAAGAAUAUAUUUACUUUACGUGUGGUUCUGAGAAUAGAGUGUAUGCCCCAGACUAUCCGGCAAAGUGCUGCUGCUGCAGCAUUCUGUAACUGUGUCAAUCAGAAAUUCCUGCUCCUCCCUGAAGUGUGUCCACACAACAGACAAGACGCACAGCCUCACCACUAACUUGCCUAAAUCCCAGGUCAAACUCAGCACAUUGUUGGUGAGUUAACUCUGUCAAAACCAUGUCAGUUAUUCCGAUCAAUAAUCAAUCAUUAGAUCAAUAAGACAAUGGACCAAUCUCCAAGUCUCUAGUUGAAUGGUUGAAUUCCCCAUCCGGUGAGCCCUAGAGCAGGAUGGCUCCUUGUUCAAUCAGUGAUUUUUGCUGAUCUCAGUCCUAGCAGUAGAAUGGGUACCACAGUUGCUUAAGGAAGAUGAUAGAAGUAGCUAAGGCUCCUGCAUCGGUUCAAUGGCUUCUGCUGGGAUUGUGUGAAUAACUGGUGAGGUGGAGUCAAGCUCCGCUAUAUCAGUCCCACUUAAGUAAGAUGACGAAGGACUGGAAGCAUCUAUGGAUCUGUGUCCCUUAGUGAAUCACUGGCCGGGAUUUUCCGGUCCUGUCCACUGUGGACCAGCAGCAGGUCCAUUGAUAUCGGGCAGGAAUUUCCAGUUCUGCGGCUGGCAGGACUGGAUAAUUCUAUCCACUUUGUCUGGAUGGGGGUGGGUAAGAGUCUCCCCAGUAACUCUUCACUCUCAUUACAGAAUAGGGCUAAUUUUGUAAGGCUCAAAUGCCACUCCACUGUGGAAUCUCAGUCGUGCUUAAACACUAAUUCCAGCCUAUUGAGACUAUGCAAUAGAAACCUUGUGUUAAUUGUAUACUAAUUGUGUUUAAAUAUAUGCAGGUGGAGGGCAUUAAUCAGGGUUUCACUUGAACAUAUGAAAAAGAGAAACUGUGGGCUGUUUGAGUUUGGAGGUGUAUACUUGUAACAUUUAACUCUGUAAAUAAAUGUAAGUCUGUAAA